AGAAUGAUUCUUUCAGCUGCUUAGCUUAGUAUGAACUUUGAUCAUUAGUUAUUGCCUUUUUCAUACAACCCUAAAUAAAGUGGGCCUGCUUGCAGUAGUAUGUGAUUAUAAUAUAAUCAAUUAAUCUUCUUCAUAUGAAAUGACAUAUCUUGUCACAAUCUGACAAUGGCGAAAGGAGUGCAUCAAUUAUUAAAUAGCCACCAAUCCAAUCCGAAGUCGCAUUUUAGCAUAUUUAACACAUUCUUUCGUAUAUUGGUAGUAACUCUUGGUUGCAAUGCCUCGUCGAAAGGUAUUCGCAUGGAGCAUCAGUCUACAAAACGCCAUUAUACCGCUCUAUAUCAUCUCCAAAGUGGGCUGCUUAAAUGCUUUCACAUAUUUACCACUUUUUCAUUUUCUCGAUACGUAUGCUGGAUGUAAAAGUGACAAAUGUGUUAAAAUAGGAACAGCAGAUAUUCCAGUUAAGCGCUUCAAAGGAAAGGAUGGCAAACCGUUGGCCUUUUCUUUUAUUGGUGUGCUGCAUGCUUUGGGAUGCAGCUUAGCUUAUGCUUCGUAUCACAUCCUGUCCUCGCUGAGCCAGUCGGGUAAGCUGACCGAUUCCAACUUGGUGCGUGUGGCGAUCGAUCUUAAGAAUCAGUACAUCGGUUGCAUACUGGUGUUGGGUAUAGUGAUGGUAUCUCUCGUUCGUCAGCCAGCAUUUAGUCGCCUUAUUCAGGUGUUGCUGAGUGUCGAUCGGGCAAUACCGGAGAUGGUUCGAACUGCUGGACUAUCGGCCAUCACGAAGGUUAAAGUCAACAAUAUUGUAUGGCUACGUAACGUACUGCUAAUGCUAAUCCUGGGUGUCGGUGUGAAGGCAGUGCUGGAGGUAACCAACUGCCUCAUGUACAUCCGUGACAGUGGUUCCCCAUUCUCUUCCAACUGCCUGCUGCUUUGCAUCAUACCUCAAACGCUUUGCGUUAUCAGUGAGCUACAGUUUGUGGCGUUUGCGCUGCUAAUCAGCGAGCGGUUGAAACUGCUUAACCGCUGGCUGCUCCAACUGCUGCCCCAUCUGGGACGUGGCAGUGAGGCGGCGUACGAGUCGGUGCGUCAUCUUGUCCGCAUCCAUGGCCAGCUCCUCAAGGCGAUCGGGCUGCUUAACUGCUGUUUCGGAGUGCAAAACACGAUCCUGCUGCUUUACCAGUUCGUGACACUGGUGGAGCUGGGGUAUAACACAUGCAUGAUGUCCGUCCGGUAUGCGGAGGCCAAGGUUCAGCAGGGCGACAGUACGGAAGACUUUCUUGAAACCGUGUACUGGGUGGUUUGGUUUGUGGUAGAGAUAUUUGUACUGUGCUACUUCAGUCACGAUACAGUGGAGGAGGCACGUCGGACAGUUCAUCUUCUAAGGAUGCCAAACGUUUACGGACCAUGCCAACGAAUCAACUUUCGCACGAUUUCUCAAGAACAACUAGUGUUUCGGAAUGUCAAGACGAGCAUCUCCUGUUGUGGACUCUUCACCAUCGAUCUGACAUUAUUCCAUGCGAUUAUUGGUGCUACAACAACGUACCUAAUCAUUUUGAUUCAAUUCGAUCAAUCGUUUAACGGUGAUUAAGCCGUUCGAUUGUUGUACACUCGGCCAUAACAAAACGCCUGCCACACAUGGGUUUUUCAGGAAAAAUCAUACAAACAACGUUGUUUCGCAUUCGACGCGUUUCGGCAUUUCCCUUUAAUUACCCGAUUUAAAUGCAUAUGCUACGGAAUUGCCCAUGUGGAGGACCGAACGUGGUGAUCAGUGAACGGGAAAUUUAUGCAAUCAUGAUUAUAAUCAUCGCGCUCGAUGCCAACUCAGCGCCCCAACCCGGUCCUUCACUGACUGUCCGUUAUGGUACCAUUGCGGGCGCAGCGGGGCGUUCAUGAAUGUGAAUGAUCAAUAAACGCUCCGGGAAAGCAUCAUUAUGUGACCGAAUCGUAUCACGAUGAGUGUCAUUUCUAGCAUGGUUGGAGCAAAUGGUUCUGAAUUGCCGUACAACAAGCGCUUAAGCACCUUUUGUAAUGUCAAAUUGCAUAACUUCAGAGGCAUGCAACGCUGUACAAUCAUCGGGAGAAAACCACCGUUUCAGUAAAAGUAAAAGAGCUAAACUUAACCUUCCCACUACAUCUCUACAAUCACUGCUCAACGGUGCCAGAACCAAUCAAAUUAACACUUACGCAUGUAUUAAUAAAACAUCUCACCCGAAGCGUGAACUGCGUUCUAACACACGCUCAA